CCUCACGGCUCAUUGCUAAACUCAUAGAAGAACCGUUUCGUGUACUGAUAUCCCCAGCUCCGUAGCCCAUGUGUAUACUCCAUUUCAAGCACCGUAUUAUCACAGUCUCGUCAUCUAAGCCCAAGCAGGAACAAUACUUCCCAGAACGUCAGCAGUUGCUACUCAAGAUAGCGAGAGAGAGACACACACACACACACACACAAAACACAAGCUGCCUGUAUAAGCGGCAGCUUCCCAGCGAAUCAGCACGCAACAAGAGCGCCCGACGAUCGCCAAGUUGCGAGAUGGCACACGUCAAGAUCUCCCCGAAGCGGAAACCUCCUCAUACCUUACCGCGUAAGGUGGGAGCUAUGAAGAAACCAACCCCUCCAAAGGAACCCCCAAAACCCCCACCUUGGACACACGCCGCAGCAGUAAGAACAUGGAAGUUCAAAGGCCACCGCCUUCACCGGGAGGUAACCCGGCCGUCUCGGCGUUACACGUCACUAGCCAAAGACAAAACCUACUUCCUUCCAUUCGUACAAGAUAAGGUGAGAAAAAGCGACAGGUCUCAGAAGCUAGAAUAAAACCGCCCCUCCUCUUCGGAGGAACACCUUGAUAAUGGAAAGAAUAGCCCGCCGGUAUUAUUCCCAAGCGGAAACCCUUUCAAACACGACAAGCUGCUCAGCUUGGCAGCAACACCCUUCAACUCUUCCCUUCCCUCACCCAAUCCCAGGCCCGUUCCAUGAUCCCCCAAGCUGCGCGAUCCGAAGCGAGGGAGGAGUAGGACAGCAAGAGUCA